UCUUUCGUACCGUCUCAGUUGUCGGUGAGGCCGGCGGGGCGGAUCCCACAUUCGAGUCAAAGAGAAAAUAAAGCAACACCAUAACAAUAAUAACAAUUCGGCCGAUUCGUACAAUUCGCUAGCAAGCUCCCCCGUGGAUACAUACCAUUAAGAGUAAACUGGAUCACUAUCAAGUCAAGAAGGAUAAAGGGGAGCUUCUCAACCAGGACCAGCUGAUGCCCUCAGCGAUGAACGCAAACCGAACAGUGCAGUCUGCCAGCCCAGAUGUGGGAUCUGCUCCAGGGUCAAUGGGCAAUUUUGCACUUGGUGGACAGGCUGAAGUUUUGAAGCAAGUGCUGUGUGUCCUCGACAAGAAGGUUCGCAACUUGGAGAAAAAAAAGAGUAAACUGGAUGACUAUCAAGUCAAGAAGGAUAAAGGGGAGCUUCUCAACCAGGACCAGCUGGACGCACUCAACAAAUUCCAGGAAAUCACCUAUAACUUGGAAUUUGGCCGAGAGCUGCAGAAGACGUUCAUCACACUGGGACAAGAUAUCCAGAAGGUGGUGAAGAAGUCUGCACGGCGGGAGCAGCUGCAGCGGGAGGAGGCAGGGCAAAGGAGGCUGAAGACCAUUUUGCAGCUGCAGUUCCUUCUGGACCGGCUGGGAGAGGACAAUGUGCGGCGGGACCUGAAGCAGGGAGUUGGGGGCUCACCAAUGCUGACGGACGUGCACCUUGCAGCUUUUGAUGAGUUCUACAAGUUAGUGGUACCAGACUGUGACCAAAGUGUCAGGUUGGUUGACCGGUAUGAAGAAGCAUCUGUGCACCUCUGGGACCUACUGGAAGGGAAGAACAGGGCUGUGGUCGGGACAACAUACAAGGCACUGAGACAUACUUUGGACCAGGUUAUGCUGAGUGGGUACUUUGACCAGGUGCAAUCUCACCAAAACGGAGUGUGUGAGGAGGAAGAGGCGGAGGAACAAGCCCCAGCGGCGGCGGCGGUGGCUGAAGCAGCUGCAGCAUCUGCAGAUGUCGUAGCUGAGUCGUCAAAAGCAGAAGAGCAGAGUCAGACUGCUGAUCCAGAACUGGAAGUAGUUGAGGAGUUCACAGAUUCCAUUGCGGUGGAAAAAACAGAGUUUCCAGACGGCACAUACAGCGGCAGCGAGAAGGAGCGGGGGGAUGAGUGGGCCACGGAAACAGAGGUUCCUUAUUCGCCUGUUGUGCCUGUCUUCCACUCUCAGGCAGUCAGUGCCAUUCAACAGCAGCAGCCACCGCCGCCUGUGCAGCCUGCAGCUUCACCUGUUGCCCUGGAGACCCACCCAUUGAACUUAGUGUCUCCCGUGCCUCCCACUGACCCCCUGGUCAGGAAGCAGGUGGUGCAGGACUUAAUGGCACAGAUGCAGGGAAUGUACAACUUCAUGCAGGACUCUAUGCUGGAAUUUGACGGACCCUUUGACCCAGUUAUUGUCUCAGUACAGCCUAUGAAACCUGCUCAGAACAUGGACAUACCACAGAUCGUGUGUCCUCCAGCUCACCCAGAGUCCCGGCUAUCUCAACCCAAAACUGUUCCUGUCCAACCUGACACCACGCAAGUUUCCAUCGUCUCCCCGACUCCGCUCCCCAUGUAUCAGACUUCACACAGCCCCGAUCCUCGACCCUCGACAGAAACCAUCGACCCCAUCCAGACGUCCUCGUCGUCGGAGCAGCCUCCACCCUUUGCAGCUCACCCACCUGUCUCUCAAACUCAAGUUUUUCAGCCUGUUUCCAAAGCUCCACACAGCAGUGGCAUUAAUGUCAACGCCGCACCAUUCCAGUCAAUGCAGACAGUGUUCAACCUCAAUGCCCCGGUCCCACCAGCUAAUGAGACGGAGGCUCUGAACCAGGCCAGCCAAUACCAGAACAGCUACAACCAAGCCUUCAGCAGCCAGCCGCAGCAUCCUGUGGAGCAGACCGAGAUGCAGCCAGAGCCACUGCAAUCUGUAGUUCGUGCCUUCAAUUCCCAAGACCAGUUGGGAGGCCAUCAACAGCCUCCACAGCAGGGCCCAGGCUUUGCCCGGCAGGGUCAGUCCUUCUACAACAGCAGAGGCAUGUCUCGAGGUGGGCCUCGCAAUGCCAGGGGCAUGAUCAAUGGCUACAGAGGCUCAUCCAAUGGCUUCAGAGGUGGCUACGAUGGUUAUCGUCCUCCUUUCACCAACACUCCUAACUCCGGUUAUGGACAGACGCAAUUCAACACACCUCGGGAUUACUCAAACGGGAAUUAUCAGAGGGAUGGUUACCAACCAAACUACAAGCGGGGAGCUGGCCAGGGACCCAGGGGAGUGUCGAGAGGCAGCACUCAGGCAAUACGAUCCUGAAAAGGUCACUCUUUUUCUUUUGUUCUUCGGCAGUGUUUUUUUUCCUCUCAGAUCAAAAUAAUGCCUGCUUUGAUAUUUGGAAAUAUUAAAUCACAACCACAAACGAAGUUGUAAAUUAAAUCAUCAAUUUACAUAGACAAUGUGUUAAUAUUCCUGUAAACUAAACUUGUAAGAUUUCAUAAGUUAUUUUUUGUAUAAAAAAUGCACCUGCCAGUGCUGGUCCAACCCUUGGGAGUUUAUUCCCCUUCUCUGUCAUUUUGGUUUUAAAAACAGAAAGCGUUUUAUGUUCAAUGAGCUCCCAUUUCCUUGUUUGAAAAUUGAUGUUGCUUCAAGAGUUUCAAUAAAGUUGUGUUGCAUACUCAA